UUUUCAAAAACAUUUUUAAUUUAACAAGAAAGAAGAAAACGAGAAUAUAUAGAGAGAGAAAUUAAGAGGUUGAUCUGAAAAAACAAAAAUGGCGGCUGCUAUGACGAUGACAACGAUCCCACAGUUCAACGGACUCAGAUCCACAAAUCUCUCUCCGGUUCAGAACUUGGUAGCACUACAACCAUUGAGUGUGAGGCGCAAGGGAAAUGGAGCUUUGGGCGCUAAGUGUGACUUUAUUGGUUCACCCACCAACUUGAUAAUGGUGACAUCUACGAGCCUGAUGCUGUUUGCGGGCCGGUUCGGUUUGGCUCCAUCAGCUAACCGAAAGACAACCGCGGGGUUAAAGCUUGAGGUUAGGGAAUCUGGGCUGCAGACCGGUGAUCCGGCUGGAUUCACACUAGCUGAUACUCUUGCUUGUGGAAGUGUUGGACACAUUAUUGGAGUUGGGGUAGUUCUUGGUCUCAAGAACAUUGGUGCAUUGUAAUAACAAUAUUUGUAAUUUAUUUUAUCAUCCUUGAACUUUUAAAUAAACAUCUAUAUAUUGUU